GUGUCUUCUGUACUACUGUGGUAUUAAUCUAAAUUUGUGGUGUGUGGAUGAACUUGUGGUUUGAGAUUUCCUUGCUUGGACUUUUCCUUAACUGAUUAGAAACUUAAAUUUUCUGUUUAGCCACUGGCCACAUUAUUAUUUAAGUUAUGGACAUUUAUGUAGGCUGCCUCCUUGCAUGUGUUGUACUAUGUAUUCUCCAGGAGCUUGAUUUUUUCCCAUUUUGUCAUAUAGUGUUUGCUAAAGCCAUUUUUCCAUAUGAUCUUGCUGGAAGAAAAUCAUUCAGUCACUAGUGUUGUCUGUGAUGUUCGCCACUGCUCUAUUCAGGUCUAGCGUCGAUCAUUCCUAUGUUAUCUACAGGAUAACUUAAAUCCAAACUUAGUUAGCGCCAUGCGCCGUGUGGCUUUAAGGGAGUAUUCUAUGUAUGGCACUAUUAUACUAAGAACUAUGGUGCCAAACAGGCUAUGGUAGGAUCUUUUAUGUGUCCAGUUGAGAAGGGUUCUUGGAGGAUGGAGCAUGGGACAAAGUUUGUGGGGUGUUUAAAACCCCAACGAAUAGCUUAUUUAAAGCCAUUGAAAGAUGAUCAGUGAGGUGAAGGUCCACUCUCUAGGCUCCACAACCACUACGUGUCGGUUGGUAUCAAUAAGGUAAGAUCUAACUCUCCCUCCCGCCGUGGAUUCCGCCACUAAGUGGAAGCCCCCACAUGGAAAGAAUAAACCUUUAUUAUGUGCCAAAUAAUUUCCAGUUUCAGCGAGUUGAAGUCCAGGGAGCUCCCAAGAGUGAGACUUUAUAGUUUCUUUGUCAUCAGUGCUGAGGUAUAAAAGUGCAAGUAGUGGUAACCUUCAAUUACUGUGCUCCCUCCAAUGUGCAUUUGAUAUCAUAUGCCUAAAUAUCUCUUUCCUAUCCUAAAAAAGGACAAGAAAAUGAAAAAUCAGAAAAUCUAAAGAAAUAUCAUUGUUCCCCACUUUCCUCCUUCCAUCUCUGUACUGCUUCUUGGCUCCUGGAGGUCGCACCAGGCCUGCCCUGUUUCCUCUCCCCAAUUCCCAAACGACACCGAAUCAUCUCUAACAUCUCAACCCAACCCUUUUUCUCCAAAAGAUCAGGCAGAGAGAUAGCCACAUUGCUGCAUUCCUUGAGAAAAAUUCAGUCUUUGGGAUCACAGUUGCUGGGACUGAGUUAAUCUUGCAUGGUCAUGACGUACGCCACUGAGCCGACCCCCACCGCCGCCACUCUACGGCGGAGGCUUCACCUCCAUUGCAAGCACCGGCGGCGUGGGGUCAUCUAUUUAUUUACUGGUGUACUACAGAAGAGGUACCUUUUUUUCUUGACUGUCCUCUAUAUUGGGGGCUUGAUCACCUGUGCAGGACCCUUGUUGACCAUCCUGCACCCGCCGCCUCCGCCGCCGCCGGGAUCAUUCUACCGCAGCCAGGAGGUGUUUGUGGAGCUGUGGCCUGAAAUUCAGGCGGAUAAUGCUUCCACUGCUGAGUUGGGUAAUGUCUGGAGAUACAGAAGAAAGCUGAAAGAGAUACGUUCUUGUUUGAAUGCUAAUGCUUAUCUGCAACCCGUCUCCCAAAGGUUUCAGCGCUACCUAAUUGUAGAGGCUAAUGGCGGUCUAAACCAACAACGAUCCUCGAUAUGCAACGCUGUGGCUGUGGCUGGCCUGUUGAAUGCUACCCUCGUCAUCCCUCGAUUUGAUCUUCACAACGUUUGGAAGGACCCAAGCGAGUUUGCUGAUAUAUACGACGAGGAUCAUUUUAUAUCCUCCCUUAAAGAUUAUGUUACGGUGGUCCAUGACCUGCCUAAUGAAUUGAUGGAGAGCUAUAAUCAUAGCAUCAGCAACAUUCCCAGCAUUAGAAUCCAUGCUUGGGCCUCUGCUCGUUAUUACCUGGACGAGGUUUAUCCGAUUUUGCAAGAAACAAGGGUUAUUCGUGUGUCUCCCUUUGCAAAUAGAUUGGCGACGAGCAUUCCUCCACACAUUCAAUUUUUAAGAUGUCUAGCCAACUAUAAAGCACUCAAGUUCUCUUCACCAAUAAUGAAUCUUGCGAAAAUGAUCGUCAGCCGAAUGGUUCGUAAGAGCUUGAAUUCUGGUGGGAAGUACAUUGCAGUUCAUCUUCGAUUUGAAGAGGAUAUGGUGGCAUUCUCUUGCUGUGUAUACGAUGGAGACAAGACGGAAACAUCAGAAAUGAACGAAAUGCGCCUAAAGGGUUGGGGAAAGAAGUUCACUCACAAAAGUCGCGUCACUGCUGCUGGACUUAAUCGAGUAAACGGGAGAUGUCCAAUGACCCCUGUGGAGGUUGGUAUGAUGCUAAGAGGUAUGGGAUUCUCCAACGACACGGCCAUUUAUUUGGCGUCGGGCAAGAUUUACAAGGAGGAACGAUACUUAGAGCCUCUUCAGAAGAUGUUCCCGUUUUUAUAUACCAAGGAAUCGCUCGCUACCGAGGAUGAACUUGCUCCGAUCCAGGGAUUUUCGUCGAGACAAGCUGCCUUGGACUACAUGGUGUGCUUGUAUAGCGAAGUAUUCGUGACGACACAAGGCGGGAACUUCCCUCACUUUCUUAUGGGACAUCGAAGAUUUCUAUACAACGGGCACGCCAAGACCAUCAUCCCCGACAAAACCAAGCUUGUAGUGUUGUUGCACGAUAAAAACAUAAGUUGGAGUUCGUUCAAGGAUGAGAUGGAGUCGAUGCUGAUUGAAAGCGACCGGAAAAGUAUAAUGGUGCCGAGAGUGAAGAAGUCGACCCGAAAAGGCUCGAUAUAUUUGAACCCUUUGCCGGAAUGCCGGUGCCUCUGGGAAUCGCAGAACUCUACCUCGCCCUCGGAUUACUAUUACUUCUAAGGCAUUUCGGGGAACUUGCUCGUCCCUUUUUUAUUCGAUUCGAUCCGAUUUUUCGGCACAGCAGAUAGCCCGGAGAUUUUCUUUGAGACGGGUCAAUGGUAAGUUACAAGUGUGUUCUAUAAUAGAAAUGGUAGCAUUAUGUUGUGUGUGUGUGCGCGCUAUGCAUCAAAUUUUUGUUUUUGUUUGUGUUUUUUUGGCUGUAAUGUAAGUGCAUAGUUUUUUUUUU